AUGUAAAAAUUGCAUUUGUUUCUAAUAGUUACAGUGCUUAGCUGUGAUAUUGAUGAGGCUGUAAAUGCCUUCAAAUCUAAACAAAUCAGGGAUCCCAUACUUUCAUACACAAAGAAUCCUUAUGAAAUAAUUGAUCUUGUUUAUAAAUAGAAAGUAUAAGAUAAUCUUAAGGAUACCAACAGUGUUUGUGCAAUUAAAUACGACGAUGAUGAAAAGCAAAUGUUACAAUGUCUUAAUUAUUAGAUAUCAAUUAAAAUAAUUUAAUUCCAAGGAAGAAGCUGAAGAGAAUCAAUUCAUUGUUACUCAUUAAGGAAAAUGUGGAGCAUGCUCUACAUUAUAGGAUUUGGUUGUUUAUCUUAAAACUGACUUGACUAGGUUAGUAAGACAGUGUGGUUUAAUGUAUGGAUUGUCUGAACAUUAUCUUUUAUAAUGUAUAAAGGAAUUAGGAUUUACAGAUACAUGUGCCUAAGUUUGGUUGUACAAUACUUUGAAUACAAAAAAAUCCUGUUUUUGGGUUUGUAUGUAAUGAAUUAAUUCUAAUUUUUAAGUGGGUCUUUUUUAACAAUUGAAGAUUUCGUGAAGAAUGGUUAACUAAACUAAUGUUUGCAAUGUGAUGAAGACAUUUCCGGACCGAUAUUUAAAUAUGAAUCCGGAAGAACUAGACGUAAUUCAGGCAUUAAAUCAGAAAUUGAUAGACCAAGUGAUUAGAUCUAUGACAUCACGCAUUGCUAUUAUUGA